GUCCUUCCCGUCUUGCCAACAUUACGUUAAGAGACACUGUUCAGGACAAGUACGUAUCUAUGGGAGAGGAUCUCAGCGGAACCAUGAUCCUGUGGAACAAUCUGUAAUUAGAGGUGGAGGAUGGGGAAGGCUGAGCCCUGUGCCCUACAAAGACCCUGAGAGCCAGAGCUACAGAGGGGUGUCUGAUGAGAACUCCCUGGGAUCACCGAAGAGGACUCGAGUCAGCUCUGUCCAGCAGGAAGUUGAGGACCUCUCUCUAUGCAGAUAAUGUUCCUGAGCUCUGAGCCCAACAUCAUGGAUGGAUGACUCAGCCCAGCCUGGAAAUAAGAACCUAAAAGACGUUGAAGUCAGAGAGAAUUGAGGAACCAUAAUUCCAGUCUGAGGACCAAACCUGAGAGAGUGGAAAUUGAAGAAGUCUGUGGCCACCCUGAGGUCCUGGCUGGACUCCCCACAUCCUACUCAUUGCAACGUGUGCCAACCAUCAGGACCCAGAAUCUGAGAAACGGUGCUGUUGGCCCUGGUAGAGGACCAUGAGAUACCUGUUGACCACACAUCCACAGCUGCCUGUCACAAGGUAAGUUGUGUCAAGCCCACCAAAUCUUAAAGUUGGUUAGGCCCAACAGCAACCCAUUGUUGAAGAGUAGCAUCCCAUUGAGUUGUAAGCUGGGACUGUGACUGCCCCUUAUCCUCUUUGGGUCCAGCACCCAUAUGGCAAGGACAGAAGUCCCCAUCUUGGCAGUAGUAAAUGGCUCAGAUCACAAAACCAAGAUAGGGCUGCAUUUAAACCCGGGGUUAGAUAAGAAUAUGUUCGACUCCAUAGUGAUCUAUGUCUGUAUCUCUUAGUAUUCCCUUGCCCAGUUGUGUCAGUAAAAACACAAGUGCUGCAACUCUAGCCACAGAAGGCAUGGUGACUAGGGGCUCAGACCUUGCAGAGAUGAAGGUCUAAAGCAGGCCACCUGGUAAGCUGCUAAGGAUGGCAGAGGUGAUUGCUAAUACUGAGGGAAAUCUACAAUGGAUGAUAGAGGAAGAAGAAGGUGAGCAUCAAAUGCAGUGGCCAAGGCCACCAACCUUCCUCUUCUGAAUUUCUUCCAGGAAUAGAGGAGUCCUGCUAGAGCCCUCCCUGAUACUUACAAAGCAGUGCAUUCUGACCACGCACAUGGUGGACGUGCCUGGGAUGGAGACGUGCGUGCCUCCCAGAUCCCCCUUCAAGGAAGCACUGUUCCCCUGAGGCUGAGAUUGUUGUUGGUUGGUGGAGAUGAGCAGACACGACCGUCUUAGUCUCUUGCAGAGCAGAGCCUGCUGAAUGAUGAGGACUCAGCCAUGCGUGCCCUGGGAGAGCUCCCCGUAGGCCUCUUCCUUAUACUGUCCACUGCAGCCUUCAGUGAGGACCACACAAAGACUGUGAUGGCAAUGGUGAAGGCCUAGCCCUUCCCCUGCUUUCAUCUGGGAUUGUUAAGGGAUGAGUCAGCAACUCAAGACCUGUUGGAAGCUGUGCUAGAUGAGCUGCGGUUUGUUUCUACCAACACUGCUUGCCCCAGGAGAUCAAAGCUCAAGGUGCUGGAUUUUACCCAUGACUUUGAGCACUCCAACUGAGAGGAACGCUCUGAGACCUCGUCCACACCCUUUGUCAUCACACACAUGGUGGAAGAGCCAGAGGCUGACCAGCCCAUGCCCAGUUCCUGAGAGCAGCCUCAACAUGACCGAGAACCUGUAGAAAUACACACAGAUCUUUUCUUACAUGCCUCAUAGAGAUCCUGGGACUGCUGGAGCUGGAGACCAUCCGAGAGGUGCGACUGCAUCACAGGAGUAGGUCCUGCUUCGUGUCAGACCUGAUCCAGUUCUUCACCCAGUGCCUUGGGUAUCAGUUUAAAAAAACAUUGCCAGACCAGGCACAGUGGUUCAUGCCUGUAAUCCUAGCACUUUGGGAGGCCAAGACCAGAGGAUUGCUUGAUCCCAGGAGUUCAAGACCAGCUCAGGUCCAUGGAGGUGAACCACCCAGCACCUCUCAGGCUCUUGGAACUUGCAGCCCAUAGCCUGCUGAGCAAUGAGGCUUCAGUUCUACUGGUGUUGGAACAGCUCACGGUGAACCUUUUCCCGCCACUACUCACUGCUGCAUUUGCCAAGGGGCACAGAAAGGCUCUGAAGGCCUUGGUGCAGGCCUGGCCCUUCCCCUUUCUCCGUCUGGGCUCUCUGAUAGUGCAGUGGCCCAACCAAGACAGCCUGCAAGCUGUGGUGGAUGGGCUGGAGGCCUUUUCUGCCCACAGGGCUUGUCCCAGGAAGUCAGAACUGAGGAUGCUGGAUUUCACCCUGGACUCUGAGCAAGUCCACAGUAAAGGGGCUUCUGAAGCCUUGGCCAAGUUCCCAUUUUGGUUACCAUCAACAGUCAAGGCAGAGAUGCCCCAGGCCGCGGCCAGGCCCAAGCCAACAGAGAAUAUGAAAAAAGGACCAAAGCAGCCAUGGGAAGCAGUGGAAAUACACAUUGAUCUUUUCUUACGAGGCCCCUUCAAGUUAGAUAAGUUCCUCUCCAGCCUCCUGACGAAAGUGGAACAGAGCCACGGGGCCCUGCAUCUCUGCUGUAGGAAGUUGCACAUUGAGGAGAUGCCCUUCCACAGUCUGCUGGGGAUCCUGAAGACACUCAAGCUGGAUUUCAUCCAGGAGCUGGAGGUGUUUGACUGGUUUGACUGGUUCUGGGCAUUGUCAGAUCCAAACCUAUCUGCAACACAGCUGGGAAGGAUCUUCAACCUGCGCAGCCUCAAACUCAUCUACUACAACUGGGCCUUCUCCUCACGGGGCGAGCGGCCCUCCAGCUACUUCCUCUCACAGCUCACCAGGCUGGGCCACCUCCAGAAGCUGCACCUGUCUUACUCCUACCUCUCAGGCAACCUACAUUAUGUACUCAGCUGUCUGUGGGUUCCACUGCAUUCCCUGGAGAUCUGCUACUGCAGGCUUCUCGACACUGACAUCACCUACUUGUCCCAGAGCCCUCAUACCACUUGCCUGAAGAAGCUGGAUCUGAGUGGCAACAACCUGUCCUACAUGAUCCCUAGGCCCUUGGGGACUCUGCUGAGGGAGGUCUCAAGGACGCUGCAGCACUUAGACCUGAACCACUGCCGGCUGAAGGAUGCCCACCUCAAUGCCCUCCUGCCUGCCCUGUGCCGCUGCUCCCACCUCAGUUCCCUGAGCCUCUCCGACAACCCCAUCUCCAGUGCCUGCCUCUUGAGCCUGCUGGAGCACACAACGGGGCUGAUGGAGCUGAAGCAGGUACUCUAUCCUAUCCCAGUCGACUGCUGCAUGUACCUGCAUGGCCUCUCCUGGGGUCCCGUGAACAAGGACAAGCUGUGCCAGUUGCAGGCUGAGAUACAGAAGCAGCUGCAGGCCAUGCAGCGGGCUGACAUGCAGUGGAGCCCCGCUGCCCUUGCUUAUGCAGCUGGUGCAGUUUGAAUGAAGAGCAGAAGCCAGGCUCAGAGAACAGAAGUCAGAGAGGGCAGCUGGAAUCACAGCUGGGGCCACAUGUUGUUUGCAAGGAACAUAAAAUAAACUUCC